GGGACGCGGAGGCGACGCCACUGCGGAUCGCCGGGUCGGUGGACGCGGAAUAGAGUCCCCUGAUUCAGCCACUACCUGAAGAAUCACCACCCGUACUGCCUCUUCGUCCCCGUGAGGGUUCCCAGAGUCGCUGCGGACCGCACCCACAUGUCGGGAGAAGGGAGCGCACCGGGGACGUCGCCCAGGGCCCCGCGUCCCGCGACCCAGAAGACGUCUAGCACAGUGAGCAAGAAGGGGGAUCGCGGAGCCAAGGAGAAGCCGGCGAUCGUCCUGCCGCAGGUGGGCGAGGAGGAGCCCAAAAACCCUGAGGAGUACCAGUGCACCGGCUCCCUGGAGACCGACUUCGCUGAGCUCUGCAAGCUCUCGGGGUACACGGACUUCCCCAAAGUUGUCACCCGGCCCCGCCCGCACCCUAACUUCGUCCUGUCCACGUCUCUGUCGGAAAAGCCCACGGUAGACGACCAGCGGCUGUCGGGGUCCUGCAGCCUCAACAGCGUGGAGAGCAAAUACGUGUACUUCCGUCCCACAGUCCAGGUGGAGCUGGAUUCAGAGGACAAGUCGGUGAAGGAAAUCUACAUCCGCGGCUGGAAGGUUGAGGAGCGGAUCCUGGGCAUCUUCUCUAAAUGUCUGCCCCCGCUCAGCCAGCUGCAGGCCAUCAACAGCUUGUGGAAGGUGGGGCUGACUGAGAAGACCCUGGACACCUUCAUCGCCCUUCUACCUCUCUGCUCACCCACGCUCAGGAAGGUCUCUCUGGAGGGGAACCCACUGCCGGAGCAGCCGUAUCACAAGCUAAUGACACUGGACAGCCCGGUCGUGCACUUGUCUCUGCGGAACAACAACAUCGAUGACCGCGGGGCGCAGCUUCUGGGCCGGGCUCUGUCGACGCUGCACAGCUGCAACCGGACCCUGGUCUCGCUCAAUCUGAGCUUUAACCACAUCGGGGACGAGGGCGCGGGCUACAUCGCCAAUGGCCUCCGGCUGAACCGCUCCCUGCUCUGGCUGUCCCUGGCCCACAACCGCAUCCAGGACAAGGGCGCCCUGAAGCUGGCCGAGGUCCUGCGGCCCUUCGAGCUGGAUCAUCGCGAGGUGGUGGAGCGCCGGCGCCUCCUGCUGGCGAAGGGGGUGCAGGAGCGCUCGCGCUCGCCCUCCCGCUCUCGGCAUGGGGACUCCAAAACGGACCGUGAGAAGAACCAGCUGCCGGCGCUCAGUUCUGUCACCCUGGAUAAGACAGAGAAGAUGCAGGCAGCGAAGGCCGCUAAGGGCCUGGGCAAGAAGAAGGAGAAGCCAGGGGAAGUGGUGAAGAAGGAGGAGAAGUUGGGGUCUGGGCCGUCACCCAUACAAGGAACCCCGAAGAAGGAAGACCCCGCAAAGGCAGGCAAGGGGAUUAUGUCCUCCUUUAGCAGCUGGCUGCUGAAGCUACUGAGAUGCUCAGCCCUCUGCUGGAGCCCGUGGAGCACCGCCAUGGCAAAGUUUUCAUGGCUGGGAACAAGGUCCUCUUGUACCUCAACCUCGUCCGUAUGUGCUAAGCCCUCUGCUGCUUGCUGCCUGGGUCCCCUCCCAUCCCCACCCCGACCCGCCUGUCCCAUGGUUGGGCAUCAUGGUGCUGGAGGCUCUUCUGCUGGGGCUUUGGGGGAGGGGAAGUCAGGCCAGGGCCGGACAAUGCGGGUAAAGUGGGAGCUGAGAGGUGGGUGGGAUGUAAAGAGGCCAGGGAAACCGCCAGAGGAGUGGUCGCAGGGCAGCAGCAGCUCCUGGGUUGGCAAGCUGGGAGCUGGCUGUGGAGCCACAGGCGGUGGCAGGCGUGUGUCUGGCCGGGAGGAAGCUUGCCUGCUCCUUCCGCCAGGAAACCGCAUCACAGAGGUGGGGCUGGAGGGCUUCCUCAGCACGGUGCAGUGCCAGGCCCACUUGCUGAAGUCCAAGAGUGCGUCCAAGGGCCCCGUGGGGCUGCUCCGGCUGUGCCUCGCGGUGAGUCCUCGUCGGCCCUGGCGGGGCUCUGCCGCCCACUUCUCUCCAUCACCCCACCACCUCAGCAGUCAUUCUGCCUUCUGUCCGUCCCGGGACACCCCCAUUGCCGGCCCCGGGGUCAGCUGUCAGCUUGCCGUUCCCUCCUCAGAAAAACCUCUUCUCGCUGCCAUGUCCUGCAUACACCACGAUCCAGGAGCUGAUGCUGCCAAGGGACCCCAUAAGCAAGGCCAAGGCCAGGGAGGAGGAGGCCCUGGCGCCCCCCAUCUAGCCCGUCCCUCCUGCGGCCCCCGGAGGCCCUGCGGCUGAGCUCCCGGGCGCAGCUCGCAUCUUGAACAAAGGCUUUGUACUUCUUCCUGCGAGGUUGUCUCUAAACUUUGUUUCGGAAAUACUGGUACUUGGAACAUUUGGAGUCACUCUUACCUGUGCUCCCUAGAGGACACAGGCCUGCAGAUGUCCUCGAUCUGAAACCAGGGCCAGCCGACGAUGUGGGGGGAUGUCAGGGCUGCCUCCCGAGAGGACCCACACACAGAGGACCCGGGGCCGUGAGCUGUAAAACCUGGAAGCUCCCUGGGGGCAGUGGCCUCGUGACUCUGGGCCCAGAACUCCUGGGGGGGGGCGGGGCAGGGAGCGCGUGUUGUCUUGUGCUGGCCAUGCCCAGGCUGGUCCAGUGGGCACAUACCUGGGGUCUGGCUGCCA